AUGACUCAUGAAUCGGCAGCCCUGUUAUUUCGCCAUUUGGAUUUGGUGGCUUUGGAUAUCGCCCGUUUGGCUUUGGAGGAAUUUUCGACCCCUUCCCGAUGCCAGUGCCCACUGGGCCGUCCAACACGGACCAGCUGCUCCAGAAUCAGCAGCUACAGGAUGAACGCAAAAUCGACGAGCAGAAACGCGAGAUCGAAGAACUCAA